GGGGCAGUUGUUAUCUGUCAGUUCUACAAUCACCCCUCACAUUAAAAUGUUUUUAUGUUUAACUUAUAUAGAAGUAUAGAAUAAGGUUUUAUAGAAGUAAUUUAUAAAAGUAAUUUAUCAUUUGAAAUUAAAGUUUGUCAUCUGAGCAGUUCACUUAUAUGGAAUGGGCGAGGUUAAAAUUUGAAUUGCAGCCAUCCACUAAAAGGCGUCAGACACAUAAUGGCUUCACUGUUCACCCGCUGUCGUCUAGUCCGUCGGGUACACCGCCUAUGUUAGAAUCACAAUGCUUUACUCAUUUCAGGGAGCUGGCCCAGUUCAUCUCUUACAAGCCUUAAGACACAGUAUGGCCAUGUGACUUUAUUUCUACAGGAAGAGUGGGUAGCCCGAGCAGCAGUUGUAGUGACUUUGUGGUCAGUUAUUAACAAUGGGUUGCAGACUGUUCAAUCUCUGUGAAUAUGAGACAUAUAAACUUGUCAGAAUCCGGAGCGUAAAACUCGGAACGUUGAAAUGGACAUUAAAUGGAGUUAUCCUGAUGUUUAUAUGUUUCAUGAUGCUGUGGAAUAAAGAAUAUCAAGAGUAUGACUUGAUCACAAGUUCUGUAACAACAAAAGUCAAAGGAGUGGCACAUACAAAUAUCCCUUACAUUGGUGAAGUUGUGUGGGAUGUUGUAGACUACAGCGGACACUCUCCGGAAAGAAAUUCAUUUUUUGUGGCAACAAAUGUUAUUGUCACAAAGAACCAAAAACAAGAUAAAUGCCCAGAGAUUCCACCUUGGGGUCUAUGCAAAGCUCAUAUGGACUGUGAGAAAGGGUUCUCAGACCAACAUAGCCACGGGGUUCAGACAGGGUCGUGUGUGAAGUACGACAUUCUGAGAAAGACAUGUGAAAUAUCAGCUUGGUGCCCAGUUGAGAGCCAAAAGAGACCUCCCAGACCUGCCCUUUUAGCCUCUGCAGAAAACUUCACUGUGUUAAUCAAAAAUAAUAUCAGAUUCCCAGCCUUUAAUUACAUAAGAAGAAACAUACUACCUGAAAUGAAGGACAGUGACCUUAAAGGUUGCAUUUACCAUCAAUUCACCAACCCAUAUUGUCCUAUAUUCCGUCUGGGAGAUGUUGUGCAUGAAGCCAAAGAGAAAUUUUCUGAUAUGGCUGUGGAGGGUGGUGUAAUUGGGAUCCAGAUCAACUGGGACUGUGACUUGAACAGGUUCUUCCACAGCUGCCUGCCCAAAUACUCAUUUCGCCGUCUGGAUGAAAAGGAGAGCAACCAAACCUUGUAUCCAGGCCUGAGCUUCAGGUUUGCAAGAUACUUUACCAUGAACGGUGUUGAACAGAGGACUUUGUUUAAAGUAUAUGGCAUUAGAUUUGAUGUUAUGGUGUUUGGCAAGGCUGGUAAAUUCAGCAUCAUUCAGCUAAUUAUCUACAUUGGAUCAACACUCUCAUAUUAUGCCCUGACCAAUGUCUUCAUUGACUGGCUUAUUGGGACAAAGUGCUACUCAAAAAAAGCCAACCAGAACUACUCAGAAAAGUUUGAGUCAGUACAUGAUCAACAGGAGUGCCUUCUUUGCAUAUCUUUUGUGGAUGAGGAACAGCUAAGGGUGGUGAAAAAGUCGCAAAAGAAAAGUCUACAGGAAACCAAUCCAAUUUUUCUGCACCGGUGGAAGAAUACUUUGACUGGCAAGAGAUUUUUGAUUGUCAUCCAGAAACGUGGGCAGACCAUGACCCCACCUGUACAGAUUGGCCAGUGGAGUGAACUGAAGGCAGACGGCAUUCUCUCUGCAAAGCACAGUGAUGUGAGCGCUGGUACACCUUUGCAGGAGAAGCCCAGGUCUGGAUACCUUGACUGGUGUCAUUGUGGCGUUUGCCACCACUCAACCAGCUUGCAUGAGCAGCUCUGUUGUCGACAGAGUAAAGGGCGCUGUAUUUCCACCUGCUCCCUCUUCCAUGUUCUAGUGCUCAAUCAUUCAACCUUGGAGACUGCACUGCUCUAUGAGACGCCACUUGCAGAGCAGCAUGAAGAGGACCAGCUGCGCCAUGAGGCUUAUGCACAGUAUAUUAAGUGGCGAUUUGGUGAAAAAACACCCAUGGAUGCUGUUCCUGUAAUACCUAGUUGCUGUUUAUGGAGGAUUAGGGAUCAGUACCCCAGCCCUGAUGGCAAAUAUAGUGGCUUCAAGUUCCAUUAAGUCCUUUCAUUCUGACACCGCUAAAGCAAGUCUGUUUUAGACUUUGGAAUGCUCCUAAAUGUUAAUACUGUGUUGGUUAAUGAGCUCCCAUUAAUGCCCAGGCUGGGGCCAUUACAACUGUUGCCACUCAGCCAUCUUUCAGGAUUAAAGGGGUCUGUAUUGCCACGUUCCCCAAUCUAGUGCCUAGUCAUUAUACCUUGAAGAUUGCUCUACUCUAUGGUGUGCUUCUUGUAAGGUGACAUAUGGAGGCUAUGUCAGUCCAAGCUGGACACUAACCACCAUUAAGCUCCAACAGAAUUUUGUUUAAUGAGAAUGUAUUAAAAUGAACCUAUUAUGCUUUUCUGUUUUUUUCUCUUUCCUUUAGUGCAUUAUAUAGCUUUUUGUGCAUGUAACCAAAUUGCAAAGUUACAAAGCCUAAAAUACAUGCCAGAGGCUGGAAUGCUUUCCAACAGAAACCAUUUUUCUUAGCUGCCUGAUAUUCCUCAUCGGAAUGGCUA